AUGCCUAACAAGCCUGACAAAAGCCUCAAGUCCUUAACGGACGCCCAAGCCCGAAAGAUUCUUUCCGGUGAUGACCCCGCCACCACUGCCGCUUUCUACGAGGCCGAAGUACAAGAGGUUGAUGAAGACCUGGUUCUCAAGUACUGGGAAGAUGCCGGCUGUCGUGACCAAGCUACCAACCUCAGCAAGGACCGCGUCCUCAAGAUCUUGGACGAGAUUAAGCGAUAUUGGGUCUACCACCUGGUCUCGCGAUUUGAUUUGCCCGAGGUUGACUGGGAUAACAUUGACGAGGAAGAACUUGCAAACUACGACUUUUCAAACUAA